CGCUUCCAACCCUCUGUAUCUCUCGUGUGGGCACACCACGCUUGGUCUUCCCCUGUGUCCCUGUCUGCUCAAGGGCCUCUGUCCCUUCCCGGAACCACCCUGGCUCCCUUCUGUGACUCAUACCCUGUGAGACCCGCGAUGGGAGCCUCUGUCUUCCCACCUACUCUGCUCAAGGCCUUGCCCGAUGGUGCCUCUCAGCCCCUGAGCUGACCCCAGCCGAGCAGUAGCUGCUGGUAAACACCAUCUUUAGUGCUGGAAGCUGCCGCCACCACCACGCCAACAUCUGCCAACCUGACAGUUAAAUAUGAGCCCCGUCCACCCAGAGAGCGAGGAGAUGGCCAACAAGGAGAAGCUGCAGUGUCUGAAAGACUUCCACAAGGACAUCCUGAAGCCGUCACCUGGGAAGAGCCCAGGCACGCGGCCCGAGGAUGAGGCCGAGGGCAAGCCCCCACAGAGGGAAAAGUGGUCCAGCAAGCUCGACUUCGUGCUGUCGGUGGCUGGUGGCUUCGUGGGCUUGGGCAACGUCUGGCGGUUCCCGUACCUCUGCUACAAAAAUGGCGGAGGUGCAUUCCUCAUACCAUACUUCAUCUUUCUGUUUGGGGGCGGCCUGCCUGUGUUCUUCCUGGAGAUCAUCAUAGGCCAGUACACCUCUGAAGGGGGCAUCACCUGCUGGGAGAAGAUCUGCCCCUUGUUCUCUGGCAUUGGCUAUGCCUCCAUCGUGAUUGUAUCCCUCCUGAACGUGUACUACAUUGUCAUCCUGGCCUGGGCCACCUACUACCUAUUCCAGUCCUUCCAGUCGGAUCUUCCCUGGGCACAUUGCAACCACAGCUGGAACACGCCGCAGUGCAUGGAAGACACCUUGCGCAAGAACAGGAGCAUGUGGCUCACCGUCAGCACCACCAACUUCACCUCCCCUGUCACCGAAUUCUGGGAGCGCAACGUGCUAAGCCUGUCCCCUGGGAUCGACCACCCGGGCACUCUGAAAUGGGAGCUCGCGCUCUGCCUUCUCCUCGUCUGGCUGAUCUGCUUCUUCUGCAUCUGGAAGGGAGUCAGGUCCACGGGGAAGGUCGUCUACUUCACAGCCACGUUCCCGUUUGCCAUGCUCCUGGUACUGCUAGUGCGGGGGCUGACGCUGCCCGGCGCAGGCGAGGGCAUCAAGUUCUACCUGUACCCUAACAUCACACGCCUCGAGGACCCGCAGGUGUGGAUCGACGCCGGGACCCAGAUCUUCUUCUCCUAUGCCAUCUGCUUGGGAGCCAUGACCUCGCUGGGGAGCUACAACAAGUACAAGUACAACUCAUACAGGGACUGUAUGCUGCUGGGAUGCCUGAACAGUGGUACCAGUUUUGUGUCUGGCUUCGCAAUUUUUUCCAUCCUGGGCUUCAUGGCACAAGAGCAAGGGGUGGACAUUGCUGAUGUGGCUGAGUCAGGUCCUGGCUUGGCCUUCAUUGCCUACCCAAAAGCUGUGACCAUGAUGCCGCUGCCCACCUUUUGGUCCAUUCUCUUUUUUAUUAUGCUUCUCUUGCUUGGACUGGAUAGCCAGUUUGUUGAAGUCGAAGGACAGAUCACAUCCUUGGUUGAUCUUUACCCAUCCUUCCUAAGGAAGGGUUAUCGUCGGGAAAUCUUCAUCGCCAUCGUGUGUAGCAUCAGCUACCUGCUGGGGCUGACGAUGGUGACGGAGGGUGGCAUGUAUGUGUUUCAACUCUUUGACUACUAUGCAGCUAGUGGUGUAUGCCUUCUGUGGGUUGCAUUCUUUGAAUGUUUUGUAAUUGCCUGGAUUUAUGGCGGUGAUGACUUUUAUGAUGGUAUAGAGGACAUGAUCGGCUAUCGGCCCGGGCCCUGGAUGAAGUACAGCUGGGCUGUGAUCACCCCCGUCCUCUGCGUUGGAUGUUUCGUCUUCUCGCUCGUCAAGUACGUGCCCCUGACCUACAACAAAGUCUACGUGUACCCUGACUGGGCCAUCGGGCUGGGCUGGUGCCUGGCCCUGUCUUCAAUGGUGUGCAUCCCCCUGGUCAUUGUCAUCCGCCUCUGCCAGACGGAGGGACCCUUCCUUGUGAGAAUCAAGUACCUGCUGACCCCGAGGGAACCCAACCGCUGGGCAGUGGAGACGGAGGGGGCCCAGCCCUACAGGUCCCGCCUGUCCCUGAACGGCGCGCUCAUGAAGCCCACCCACAUCGUUGUGGAGACCAUGAUGUGAGCCCUCCUCGGGCGUGGCCACUUCCCUGCUGUUUACUAACAUUAGAUUCUCCUAGGACCAGGUUUACAGAGCUC